ACUAGAAAUGGUGAAAUGGGUUCGGUGAGAAUCCAGUUGGUUCCACCAGUUUCCGCUCUCUCUAUUCUCAGCAAAACUAAGGUCAACUGGUCACUUAGAACCCAGAAAUCACUAGUUAAAGCUCUUGCAACUCAAGCAUCAUCAUCAUCAUCAUCAUCAGCUAAGAUGGUCAAAGGCAUUAGAGUCCAUGAAUAUGGUGGACCUGAGGUUUUCAAAUGGGAAGAUGUGGAAGUAGGAGAGCCAAAGGAGGGCGAGGUUCGUGUGAAGAACAAGGCCAUUGGGGUUAAUUUCAUUGAUGUGUACUUCCGCAAAGGGUUGUAUAAGAAUCCUUCAAUUCCUUACAUCCCAGGUGUGGAGGCUUGUGGAGUUGUGACAGCCGUUGGACCUGGACUAACUGGCAGGCAAGUUGGAGAUCUUGUAGCCUUUGCUGGAGGUGCAAUGGGCUCCUAUGUGGAAGAGCAGAUCCUUCCUGCUGACAAAGUUGUUCCUGUUCCUCCUUCCAUUGAGCCUACUGUUGCCGCAUCCCUCAUGCUCAAGGGCAUGACAGCACACUUUCUUCUGCGUCGUUGUUUCAAGGUGGAACCUGGACAUACAAUUCUUGUUCAUGCAGCAGCUGGUGGAGUCGGAUCCCUUUUAUGCCAGUGGGCUAACGCCCUUGGUGCCACUGUCAUUGGAACUGUAUCCACUAAAGAGAAGGCAGCUCAGGCCAAGGAAGACGGCUGUCACCAUGUCAUAUACUACAAGGAAGAGGAUUUUGUUGCUCGUGUGACUGAAAUAACAUCUGGCAAUGGGGUUGAAGUUGUCUACGAUUCUGUUGGGAAGGAUACAUUUGAGGGAUCAUUGACAUGCUUGAAGUCUCGAGGAUACAUGGUAACUUUCGGGCAGUCAUCAGGCGCACCAGAUCCCGUCCCAUUAUCAGCUCUUUCAGUGAAGUCACUGUUCUUGACCAGGCCUUCCCUCUUCCAUUACACAGCUACUCGAGAAGAAUUGUUAGAGGCGGCAGGAGAGGUAUUUGCUUGUGUUGAUGCAGGUAUUCUGCGGGUUAGAGUUAAUCACACCUACCCUUUGUCUGAAGCAGCUGUUGCACAUUCAGACCUUGAGAAUAGGAAAACAUCUGGAUCUGUUGUACUUAUCCCCUAAGGCGAGCCUCAGUUUCUUUGUUUCAUUUCAAUGACAUGUGCCAGGAACAUUCUUGUAUGUCAACUUCAAACCUGUAGUCAUCAAGAGACUUGUCAUGCAAUAAAAAUACUUGGACCUCCUCCUUCUGGUCGUCAUUUCUUGA